GCUUAUUUUCAGGAGGCAGUGGACGGAUAACUUCAACAGAUUAACUAUAGGGAGUCAUUUCUAUGUACGAAAAAUUGGAGUUCAUCGUACGAGACGACCUCCAAUAUCUUUGUAAACCUGCAGUUUAGGAGCUUUUGGAAGCAGUCUGGCGCUACGACUUUGGCAGUCCAGAGGAGUGUUUCGUGUUGCUAAUAGUUAGCUGCUAGAAGAAAAGCUCUAAACAAAACAAUGUCAGAUGAUGCGUCAAAUCAAAACAGCAACUUAAAGAUAGAAGGCAUCGAGAGAUGGAUCAAGGUGGAGUGAAAAACGGCACAAAGAGAGAUGAGCAUUCGAUCACGCUGGAUUAUAUCGAGAGCCCAGCUGAGGGAGUUUUGCGCAGCGGAACACGCAGCACUAUGUCCAUUGCCCCCACCUCUGUUGUCCCUCCGCCCAGCCCCCUGAUGCAUCCUGUCUCUGGAGACGUCCCUAACGGACUUAGUAACUCCCCUCCUCCAGAGGAGCUCACCACAGUGUCUGCCUCUCUGGGCCUUUAUGUGGAGGAUCCAGACCUCAAAUUGGUAGGGAAAGACCAGAGGGCUCAGCAACAAUUUCAGCAACACCAGCCCUUGGGCCUCUUUGCUCUUGGCGAGAACUUCUCGCGCCUGGAGGCCAGCAUUGCGGGACUGAACCGCUCCUCCCCAUCCAUGGACUCCCUAAUUGGUGGAGCGGACCCCAAUCUCUUCCCAAUGAAAACAGAGGACUUCUCACCCAUGGAUAAAGGGGAUAUGGACCUGGACCAGGAUUCUUUCGGGCCCUUGGGGAAAGAUAUGGAUGUUGCCAAUCCGAAACUCUUCAGUGACAACACCCUGGACCUACUGCAGGACUUUGAGCUGACCGGCUCCCCGUCUGAUUUCUACGUGGGUGACGAAGCGUUCCUCUCCACGCUAGGGGAUGAUUCUCUCUUGGUGGACGUAGGCACUGAGAGAGACACCAAGCCUGCCAUCGGGCUAAGCAGCACUUGUAGUAGCAUCAACACCUGUGCCACUUUCAACGGUGGCCAUCUGGACCAGCAGACCACCUCCAGCUCUGCCAGCACCACCACCAGCACGCCCGCUGCAGCCCCGACCGUCGUAAAAGUGGAGAAAGACUCCUCAAUCAUCCAACUGUGCACUCCAGGCGUGAUCAAGCAGGAGAAAAACAGCGGGAAAAGUUACUGUCAGAUGAGCGGCUCAGACCUGCCUGGUUCUCACAGCGCACCUAUCUCAGUCUGUGGUGUCAGCACUUCCAGUGGACAGUCCUACCAUUUUGGAGCAGCAGAUGCCUCCUUGGCCGCCAGCAGUCAACAAAAAGAUCAGAAGCCUGUGUUCAACAUGUUCACACCACUGGCCUCUUCCAGAGAGGCCUGGGGCAGAAGCCAAGGCUUUGGCGAUGCCGUCGACAUGCAGCAGAGGAAGACCGAGAGCUUCUCGGCCUCCCAGGCCUUCACAGCUAACUAUACCAGCUCUGCAGUCAGGCCUGAAGCCAACACUGCCACAACCACAGCCACAGGCAAGUCCAACACGGCCACACACAAGAUCUGCCUGGUGUGUUCGGACGAGGCUUCGGGCUGUCACUAUGGCGUCCUCACCUGCGGGAGCUGCAAGGUCUUCUUCAAGAGAGCCGUGGAAGGUCAACACAAUUACCUGUGUGCUGGGAGGAAUGAUUGCAUCAUUGAUAAAAUUCGUAGGAAGAACUGCCCCGCCUGCCGUUUCCGCAAGUGUCUCAUGGCUGGGAUGAAUCUAGAAGCACGUAAAACCAAAAAACUGAAUCGUUUAAAGGGAGUGCAGCAGGCCGCUGUUACAGAACAGAGUCCUCCUCCGAUGCCUGAGGCUCGGGCACUGGUGCCCAAAGCCAUGCCCCAGCUGAUGCCAACCAUGCUGUCCCUGCUGAAGGCCAUUGAGCCCGACACCAUCUAUGCAGGCUACGACAGCAGCCUACCAGACAGCUCCACCUGCCUCAUGACCACACUUAACAGACUGGGCGGUCGGCAGUUCAUCUAUGCUGUCAAAUGGGCUAAAGCCCUGCCAGGUUUCCGGAAUCUUCACCUGGAUGACCAGAUGACCCUCCUUCAGUGCUCCUGGCUAUUCCUCAUGACGUUCAGCCUGGGCUGGAGGUCUUACCAGCAAUGCAAUGGAAACAUGCUCUGUUUUGCCCCAGAUUUGGUGUUCAAUGAAGAGCGGAUGAAGCUGCCCUACAUGGCUGACCAGUGCGAGCAGAUGUUGAAGAUCUCUAAUGAGUUUGUGCGGCUGCAGGUAUCAAACGACGAGUACCUAUGCAUGAAGGUCCUUCUGCUGCUCAGCACAGUGCCGAAGGAUGGGCUAAAGAGCCAGGCUGUGUUUGAUGAGAUCAGGAUGUCCUACAUAAAGGAACUGGGCAAGGCCAUAGUGAAAAGAGAAGAAAACUCCAGCAAAAACUGGCAAAGAUUCUACCAGCUCACCAAGCUACUGGACUCCAUGCAUGACAUGGUGGGUGGACUCCUAAACAUCUGUUUCUACACCUUCAUGAACAAGUCCCUGAGUGUGGAGUUCCCUGAAAUGCUCGCCGAGAUCAUCAGCAACCAGUUACCAAAAUUUAAAGCAGGGAGUGUCAAACCGCUGCUCUUUCAUCAGAAAUGACUCCCUUAAGCAGCCAGACACAAUGCCUUAAAACUCCACCUGUUCACCUCACCACCCCCCCCUGCACACACACACAAAUAUGAGAGCGAGAGAGUGACAGAUAGAGAGAGAGAGAGAAAGACAGAGAGAGAGAAUGAGGGAGUUGGUGCAAGGUGGGGAUGGGGAAACUGUAUGCAACCCAGCAUGGGACUCUCAUGUGGAGAAAGGGACGGAGUCAGAAGAGGGGAGACGGGUAAAGAGAGCAAAGAGGCCCUCAUAAUAAAAUAGCUUAACCUUUGGAAUGACUUAAAACCGAUACUCAUGGAUAGAAACAAAAAACUAACAGUGAAUGUUGUCUCAGGUGUUUGAUUCUCAUCAUCACAAUACAUAGUUCUAAAUAUAAGGCCCUUUCUCCUCAGUCACCACCAUUUGUAUGAUUUCACAAGUCGUGAGUAAUCGAGCCAAGGCAACACCAUAGCACUUGCUGUCAA